AUGACGUCUCAAGAUGCUGAACAAAUUGAUAAAAUAGCAAAGAAAUAUGUUUUGAUUAAGUUUUUUUUGUUUUCAACUGCUAUGAUUAUUGUACCGAUUAGUAGUUAUUAUUUAUCUUUAAGAUAUAUUUUUAAACAAAAUAAUACGAUAUAUGCCGCAAUUGUUGCUGUAUUGAUGACAAAUAUUGUUUUAAUCGGAUAUAUUAUAUUAGCACUAAUUGAAGAAAAAGAUAGUCAGAUGAGAGAAAAAAGUGAAAUUAUAUCUAAAAAACAUCAAUAA